UAACCAAUGAAAAUAGGUGCUUUGUACAAACUGACGCAUGUCCAGGAAGUUUUGAGGUUUGUUUUGGGGGUGAAAACAGCAAAGUCUGGGAUAUUCUUAAUAUUUUCUUCGAAAUUUACAGAAUACAUUUUUGGAAGCAAGCAAACAUUUAACUAUUUUGAAGUUUGCAUGUGAGUAAAGUAAGAUUUGAUAUAUUGUCAUAUCAUGAAUCAAGUAACGUUAGCAAGCUAGCAGUACCGUUUAAAUUGUUCAACGUUUUGUGGUGUUUUUUAAGGAAUUAGCUAGAAGAUUGCAAUGUGUUCUUUGCUGUAUUCAAGUGAAACUACAGCAAAGCAAUUGAGCACUGCGUCAAUGUUGUUGCUGUUUUUGCCCCUAAAAAGGCGUAGCUAUCUAUGCGCUCUUGCCAACUGUGUUAGCCAGCAUGCUGAGUUAUGUUCACAAACAAUUGGUUCAGGUUUGUUAUUUACAGAACAUUGUUGAACCCCUGACUGAGCCAACAUGGAUUCCUCUCCAGUACUGCGUCAGCAAUGUCAGAACACACUCCUGAACGACCAUUCAAGUCUCAACAGAAUGACAGCAGACACAAAGCCAGGCUCUAAACACCCAUCUGUACCCCAUCCUUCCAAACACUCCUCUGUACCCCAUGGCCAUCCUUCCAAACACUCCUCUGUACCCCAUGGCCAUCCUUCCAAACACUCCUCUGUACCCCAUGGCCAUCCUUCCAAACACUCCUCUGUACCCCAUCCUUCCAAACCGGGGCCUGAGAACAAGGACCCAGCAGCAGCCUCAGACAACGGUCCUAAACUCACGAUAAGACCGCUGGGCAUCAGCAGGCUCCCAGUGCUGGCCAAGUCCCUGCCCCUUAAGACUCCCUCUGACUUCACGCGGUCACACAAGAGAUGGGAGGACAACUCUCUAGCGGGUAAAGCCAAGAGGAUGAAACCAAGCACCAAGCCUGUGCCUUUCAACUUCUCUAAUCUCAAGGCCAACCGAAUGGGGGCACAGAACCAGAGGGGACCGCUGGCUGCUACUGCAAGGGCUGGUGCUCAACCAACCCAACCUAGAAGUACUUUUACCACUGCUGCUCAACUAAAAACAAGACCCACAACAACCACUGCCCAACUGCCCAGUAGCAUCCCAGCAACUCAUAACAAGGCCCAAUCAACGUCAACAAUAGCGCUUGCUGCUCAACUCCCAACACUUGCACUACACUUGGCGGCUAGAAAAGCAGGCUCAGGGCCUGGCGGCAUCUUGUCACAGCAAAAUAGAGAGUCGGGGAAACCUCGUCAGACCCAGGCUCCCAGUGCUGCCACCUCCAUGUCUUUGUCUCAACAUCCAAAACAGUCUUCAGAUAAUCUAUUGCAUGUACCUGGAUUGGGACAACUUUCCAGACCUCCCAGUUCAUUUGCUCUCAGCUCAGGUCUUUCGUCCAGUGCUUUCUCAUUUAGUAGUACCUCCACUGCCUCAGCCCAGCCCACUGCCCUCAGUACGGAAGCCUGUGGUGGCCAAUUUGACAUGCUCAGCCUGAAAGAUCCUUCCAUGCCUGGGCAGUUACCAAGUAGUAGCACUGGGAGUGUAGAGGCUACCUUCCACUCUGACCCCUCUGCCCUAUGUAGUAUCCUUCAGAAUGAGGGAAUCAGUGCAGCCAGGGUUUUUAUGUCCAGCCGUUCCUCUACACAAGCCUAUAACAACAUGCCCCAGAGAGUGUCCAUCAUGAAGAAUGGUUCGAGGGCAGUGCCCUCUGCUGGUCCUGUCAGGAAUGUAAAGUCGUCUCCGGCCCUGGGCAACAUCCUGCAAACUGAAGGGGUCAGCUCCUCUCUGGAGUUGGAGAGGGUAUCUGUCAUGAAGAGUCACCAGACGACAGCAGCUUCUGCAGGUCCUGUAAGGUCUGUUCGGUUCUCCCCUGAGCCUUCAUCCCUCAACAGCAUCCUGCAGGAUGAAGGGGUCAGCUACUCUCUCCAGCCCCAAAGAGUGUCUGUGAUGAAGAGUGACAAGAAGUCAGCAGCCUCUGCAGGUCCAGUACGAUGUGUUCAGUUCUUCCCAGAUGCUGCAGCCCUCGGCAGCAUCCUGCAGAAUGAAGAGGUGAAGGCUGGGAGACCCCUGGAAGCCACACCCCAGCGCACCUCUGUCUGUCCAUCUGGCAGGGGCACCUCCAUCUACACUGCACAGCGAGUACCCAUCCCAAAGUGGCACACUGAAGCUCCUGGAGAACCUAUGGUGACAUCAGUCAGCCUGACCCCAGCCUUAAAGUGGACACCCCAGCGGGUCCCUGACACAAGGCAUCCGCCCAUGUCCAUGAGGAGGCUCCUGUCUGCCCAUUGGACCCCCUACGCAGGCUCUCCCAGACUCGGGGGCCUCCAGGGCCACAGCGGAGAUCUGGAGACAUGCAAGGAGGAGGUUGUCCAGACAUUGUUUAAGGAGACUGAGGAGGAAGAACAGACAGAUGGUGUGGUGUUGGAUCAAGACCCUGCUGAGACGCGAGCAGACCAACAGCUGGCAAAGGAGGAGAAGCAAAGAAACACAGGAGGACGACUCCAGACUUUCUUCCAAGCCCCACACAGAGAAUCAGUAAUUUUCUUCUCAACUGGCAAGAAGCUGCACAGAGCAGCUCCAGCACAUGAACAGGAGAGCCCUGUGGCUGGAUUUCUGGAGCGAGGUGGGCCCAUGGAGCAUUGUGCUGCAGGAGGACAGGAGGCGAUGCACCUCCUCCCUCUGCAUCCAGAGUUAGACAGAGUCUCUGCGCCAGAGAUCCCGGAAGUCACAGCUGCAGCCACAGAUCUGACCAGGUUGACCAACCUCUCAGCUUUUGUCCCCCUGUGCCAGCCCAGAGGUAGUAUUAUGUUCCCAAAGAGUUCUGCUACAGCCUUGCUCUGCCGGCGCCUCCCUCCUCUGAAGGAGCUACGUCUGGAUGAGGAGGUGUCCACCUACACCUCCUCCCCAGCCCUACCUCCCUCGUCAUCCUGGCCCCUGCAGACCCGCUGUGGAAACCCUGUAGCAGCAGCCCUGCAUCUCCAGGACUACACUUUUUUUCGGCCAAUUAUCUUGGACCCCUCAUCUACUUCCUACUCCUCUCCUCUCCGGGAGAGAUGAUGACUCAUCACUGUUUUAUUUUUUUAGUCUGGUCUUGUUUACUGAUAAGAAGAGACCCAUAAUGGAUUGUUCAGCUACGUCUUUAAGAAGUGUGUAUGUAUGUUUGUUUUCCGAACCCUGUUAUAGCCAGAUUUGCUGUCACACUUACAAAAUAUCUAUUACUGCUCCAAGUAGCUACUUUUCUAAAACGUAACAUACCCAUGUUCAAUAAUGUAUCAAGUUAGAAACAUUUUUACCACAUUGGCAUGCACUGGCUAUAUAAUGCUAAUAAUAAUUUUAUUUCUGACAGUAUGCAAAAUAUCCAAGAAUGGGACAUUUUUUUUACAUUUUGAUUGGAAUCAGAAACUAAGUGAAUGAAUUGAUGUCCAGAAAUCAAAUGUUGGUGGGUACCAAUGAUUGAAAUCUAUGAUUUUGGAGUAGGCUACUGAACCCAUUGGGAAUUGUUAACUUGAUCAAUGUUGCAAUAAAAUGUAUUUUUUACAGCUUUCAAAAAUAUGAAAGUAAAAUUUUCAUUGAUACUUUUUAGAAAAACAUGUAUGUGUAUUGUGUUUGCAUUUUUUCAUUGUGUGUGUGUGUGUGUGUGUGUGUGUAUAGUGACAGUUCAACACUAACCAAAUGAGGCCCAAAUCAGAUUGUCUAGAUUUGUUUAUAAUAAAUGUACAUGUACUUUCUUUA